UCGUCCACCUUUGGGUAGUAGUUUCCUGGUUGCGCGCCGCCUCUCGCCUGCCUGUGUGUCAAAGUUUUGAGAAACACAUAAGUCGGCUGUCACAGUUUUUAUACCGGAAAGUUGUUCGCAUCAAAAUACCGACCAUAUAAAAAGUCAAGCUGGAGGCUGGAGGGAUGGCACAAUGGAGGGAGCAGCUGAAGUUCGACAUCGAGUGGGGCCACGAGCGGCUGGUCCGUGCCCAGCAGACGGUGGAGGUGCGUCCGUUCGAUGUGGAAUCGUGGUCGGUGUUGGUGCGCGAGGGACAGGGCCGACACAUCAAUGAGGUGCGCUCGCUGUACGAAUCGCUGGUGAGUGUGUUUCCCACCACAGCCCGGUACUGGAAGAUCUACAUCGAGCAGGAGAUGAAGUACCGGAACUAUGAGCGAGUGGAGAAGCUUUUCCAGCGUUGUCUGGUGAAGAUUUUGAACAUUGACCUGUGGAAGCUGUAUCUGACGUACGUGAAGGAGACGAAGGUGGGGCUGAGCACCCACAAGGAAAAGCUUGCCCAGGCGUACGAUUUUGCGCUGGAAAAAAUCGGAAUGGACCUGCACUCGUACUCGAUUUGGCAGGAUUAUAUUUCGUUUCUGAAGAGCGUCGAAGCCAUCGGGAGCUAUGCGGAAAAUCAGAAAAUUACUGCCGUGAGGAAAGUUUAUCAACGCGCCGUGAUAACACCGAUUAUCGGGAUAGAGCACUUGUGGAAGGAAUACAUUUGCUUCGAGCAGAACAUAAAUCCGAUUAUAUCGGAGAAGAUGAGCCUGGAGCGGUCACGUGAUUAUAUGAAUGCACGACGUGUAGCGAAGGAGCUUGAGAUUGUGACGAAGGGCUUGAACAGGAACUUGCCAGCCGUUCCACCGAUGGCGAACAAAGAGGAACAGAAGCAGGUUGAGCUGUGGAAAAAAUACAUCAACUUCGAGAAGUCAAACCCGCUGAGAAGUGAGGAUACGGCGCUGAUCACAAGACGAGUGAUGUUCGCCACCGAACAGUGUUUGUUGGUGCUCACACAUCAUCCCGCCGUCUGGCAUCAGGCCGCACAGUAUCUUGACCAAAGUUCGAAGCAACUUGUGGACAAAGGAGAUUUGAACGCGGCGAAAGUUUUCUCGGACGAAGCCGCCAACAUUUUGGAGAGGGCCAUCAACAGUGUUCUGAGUAGGAAUGCGCUGCUGUAUUUCGCAUAUGCGGACUUCGAAGAGGGUCGAUUAAAGUACGAUAAGGUACAUCAGAUGUACAAUAAAUUUUUAUCCAUUCCGGAUAUAGACCCAACAUUGGCCUAUAUUCAGUAUAUGAAGUUUGCCCGUAGAGCAGAGGGAAUAAUCUCUGCGAGGGCCAUUUUCAAGAAAGCACGAGAGGAUGUUCGAUCGACAUAUCAUGUAUUUGUGGCCGCCGCUUUGAUGGAAUAUUAUUGCACCAAAGAUAAGGACAUCGCAUUCCGUAUAUUCGAGCUGGGAUUGAAACGAUUCGGCGGAAGCCCGGAAUACGUUAUGUGCUACAUCGAUUAUCUCUCGCAUUUAAACGAGGACAAUAACACUCGGGUACUGUUCGAACGAGUUCUGUCAUCCGGAGGUUUAACGCCUCAGCUCUCGGUGGAAGUGUGGAACCGCUUCCUAGAAUUCGAAUCCAACAUUGGAGACCUUUCCAGUAUUGUCAAAGUCGAGAGAAGACGAAGUGCCGUGCUGGAGAAGCUCAAAGAGUUCGAAGGUAAAGAAACAGCCCAACUGGUUGACCGCUACAAAUUCCUAAAUCUCUACCCGUGCUCAACGUCGGAGUUGAAAUCAAUCGGCUAUGCGGAAAGCAACGGUUUGCUGAAUCCGCUCAGUGGUGGUGGGGGCAAGCAAUCCGCCGCAAGCAACGACGCGCCGGAAACACCCAAUCAAGUGCCACGUCCCGACUUUGCCCAGAUGAUUCCAUACAAGCCGAAGCCGAACGCCUAUCCCGGGGAGCAUCCCCUCGACGGUGGGUGCUUCCCCCAGCCACCCGCACUGGCGUCACUUUGUUCAAUACUUCCACCCCCGAUCUGCUUCCAUGGGCCGUUUGUGUCGGUGGAGAAGCUGGCGGAUGUUUUCAGCAGGAUCGUACUACCGGACGUUCCGGUACCGGCAGCCGGCAGCGAGAACGGAAACAGUGUGAAGCUGUUCGAUUUGGCCAAAGCCGUGCACUGGAUCGUCGAUGACAGCACGUAUUCGGGCGAGGGCGGACUGAAGAGGCGUCGGAUGGCACCGGGUGGGGAGGACAGCGACGACGAGGCGACACUGUCCGCCCCGCCGGUUAACGAUGUGUACCGUUUACGGCAGCAGAAGCGGUUCAAUCGAUAGAAGCAUCUCCAUCGGGUCACUCACAGAAACAAUACAAAAAUGCAUUCAUAUAUAGGUGUAAGUCCAAUUUUUCGAUGUUUUUGCAUAAAAAAAAUUUAUGGAACGAACGAAUAAACGUAUCUAGAGAGAA